CACUACGGUCUGCUAGCACUUCUUCUGCAGCUCUUAAAAGUGGUCAGCUACCAGCAAUGUGCUUCUGGCCCCAAAACACUGAGUGCCUCAUCCAGGAGGGUCCUGAUGCAGAGGACAACUCACCUAUUAUGUCCUUAGCUGAUCAAGAUGUCACUGUGGCUCCUGCGUCUCUCCAAUCACCCUCUAAUGCCAACCAGUCCAAGGACUUCAUUCGCUGCCUACCACCUCACCUGUCCAUCUACAUCCUGGGGCUUUUGGAUCAAAAAUCCCUCAGUGCAUGUGCUGCUGUGAGUAGAUGCUGGGAUUUUCUGGCCAAAGAAGUCAAGAAGGAACGUGUGUGUCAAAGCAUAGUACAGGAGAAGAUCCUGUAUUUGCAGGGGUUGUGCCCUAGAGGAGCAGUUUCAAACUAUGCUAAAACAGUCGAUGUGACAGUUCCACAGUUAAACGAAGAGGGUGAUGUCAUCGAAAUGGAAGGCCACAACUGGGGAAGUAAAACAAAGGAGGAGGAAGACAAUCUGCAGGCAGCCUAUCAUGAUCUGAAAACUGACACAAUCCAGCUGGAAGAGAGAAAUGUCUUCUGUGGCUCCUACAAUAUUCGUGUCCUCAUGGACCAAUCAGACCGAAGCAGAAUAAUCCAUUACAGUGGUGGGAACUUGGUAGCCAUUGGCUCUGCAGACCGAAAAGUGAGGCUUCUUGGCAUGUCAGAAAUGAAAGAAGUGCCACCUCUGCUCUCUGGCCAUGCUGGGAGCAUUAAAGCACUCUUCCUCAAUGAGAAGAAAGGGUUCGUUCUCAGCGCAAGCUUCGAUCUCAGCAUCAGAUGCUGGAAUAUAUACAGUGGUGCUUGUACGAAAAUCUUUAAUGGUCACUGUGGGACAAUCACCUGCUUGGAUUUACAUGAAGAGCAGCUUGUGUCAGGAGCCAGAGAUGGGAUGGUGAAAGUGUGGAACCUGGAGAGUGGGAAAUGUCUCAAGACUCUGAAACACAACAGUGCUGUUUGCGUAGUUAAAAUGGAUGGCGCCCAUGUUGUCAGUGGGUGUGACCGAGGGCUGGUGAAAGUCUGGUGUGCUGAUAUGGGCAUUCUGAUCAAAACAUUAGAGGGGCACCAAGGCCCAGUUAAGUGCUUGUCCUUUGAUCAGUGGCACCUAGUCACAGGAAGCACCGAUGGAUAUGUCCUGGGAUGGAGCAUGUUGGGAAACCUUAAGAGAUGCCUAAUAGCUUUCCGCCACCCUAAGGAAGUUCUGUCUCUGGAGUUCCUCUAUCUCAGGGUCAUCAGCGGCUGUGCUGAUGGAAAGAUUCGCAUAUUUAACUACUUGACUGGAAGCUGCCUGAAAGUGUUGAUGGCCAGCAGCAGAGGGGACCCCAUAUCUUCUUUCUAUGUUGCAGGAAACAGGAUGGUGAUUAAUUCGCCAACUAGUCUGUUGAUGUUCCAGUUUGAGGAUGUCAGGUGGGACUAUACCUUAGAUGCUGACAGAGAGAAGGUGGGGAAGAAAAAACAGCACAAGGGGACUUCAAGCAGGACACAGCUUCACCUCCAGCGACCGAAACGCCAUGACCUCAGCCAGCUGCAUCGGCUUGCUCUGGAGACACAGGAUGCUGACCAGCUGUCUUGCUGGAUCUGCUACCGGUCACCGAAAAGCUGUGGAGCGUCUCAAAGUAUUACGUACAGUCUUGGCAAUAUGCUGGCAUUUUCUAAAAUGACUUAGAAAUAAUUUCAAGUACCCACUGCCUUCAUCCUAAUCAAUAUACAGACUCCCUGCUUUUUUUAAAGGGCAGUCUGGUAAAUGCUGUUGCAUUUCAAUGGUUCUGUCAUUCUUAGGCUUUUGUAAAACCUUUGUACCUUUUCAGAAAGGUUUGGUAUAAAUUCAACACGUUUGUCAAGACAGGCACUGUCAUUUUCCAACUGAGUAAUAGAGAAAUCAGUAGUAUUAUUCAUUCUUACAGCUGGCGUGCAUGGAAACAUGCUGCUGAUUCAGUGCUUGAAUUAUUUAUUUUAAAAUACGCUAGAAAGUCAUAGGACACCUGCAUUCAGGAUCUGCCA